ACAGCAAGGACUCUAAGCAACUCGAUGCAGAAGUUCACCGCAAGUAUAUCUAUGGUGGCCACGUUGCUGCUUAUAUGAAUACUUUGAUGGAAGAUGAACCUGAGAAAUAUCAGACACACUUCAGCUUAUACAUCAAGUCGGGUCUUGAGGCAGUCAAUCUUGAGGAGAUGUACAAGAAGGUUCAUGCUGCCAUACGUGCAGACCCAAGCCCAAAGAAGUCUGGAAAGCAAUCUCCCAAGACACACAAGAGGUCUGAAUUUUUUUUCCUUAGUCUUAUCAGCUUUAUAGAAAAUGAUCAAUGAUAGAAGUUAAAAUCA